AUGUCGAACCCCGAGAAUACAAAGAAGGUCUACACCCUUAACACAGGAGAUAAGAUCCCUGGCCUUGGUCUGGGUACCUGGCAGUCCAAGCCAAAUGAGGUCCGAGAGGCCGUGAAGAAUGCUUUGCUGAAGGGUUAUCGUCACAUUGAUACUGCCCUUGCCUACGGCAACGAAGCCGAGGUCGGCCAAGGUAUCAUCGACUCCGGAGUCCCCCGUAACGAAAUCUGGAUUACUACUAAGCUCGACAACACCUGGCACCACUGCGUUACCGAGGGCAUUGACUCCUCUCUCAAAAGCCUUGGGGUCGAUUAUGUCGACCUGUACCUCAUGCAUUGGCCUAGCUCCACUGAUCCUGCCGACAAAUCAAAACAUCUCCCCGACUGGAACUUCAUCAAGACAUGGCAAGAAAUGCAGAAGCUUCCUGCCACCGGCAAGGUCCGUAACAUUGGUGUCUCCAACUUUGGAAUCAAGAACCUUGAAAUCCUCUUGAACGACCCUAGCUGCAAGAUUGUCCCGGCUGUCAACCAAAUUGAAUUGCAUCCAAACAACCCAUCACCCAAGUUGGUUGCCUACAACACAUCCAAGGGCAUUCAUUCCACUGGUUAUUCCUGCCUGGGUUCCACCAACUCUCCCCUCUACAAGGACCCUACCCUCCUACAGAUGGCUGAGAAGAAGGGCAAGACUCCCCAACAGGUGCUACUCGUAUGGGGCUUGGAAAAGGGCUGGAGUGUCAUCCCCAAGUCCGUCAGCAAAUCCCGCAUUGAUGCCAACUUCGAGCUUGACGGCUGGAAUUUGACUGCUGAGGAGGUCACUCAGUUGGACAACUUGAAGGACCGUUUCAAAGCCUACAAAGCCUUGAAAGCAAAACUUCCAGAGCCAUCUCAGCAUAUCCCCCUUCGUUUUCAACCAGCAUAUGCGCGGAUUACUCCACAACAGCCGAUUCACCGAGCCGCGGCCAUCCGUCAAGCUCGCCGUCACUUUUCCACUGGCGCGGCGAGCUCGUGGGCUUCAUACCUACAAGCAGCUCUACAGGGAGAGCGUGUCGCCUACAAAUCAUCACGCAUUGGAUCAAAUCUCAGCCGCGUCACUAACCGCGCACCAUUUGCAUCAGCCCUCCGUCCUAAUCUUACUGGCGGCACCCUUGGUCGUACCGCUGGAGGCUAUGCUAUCGGUGCAGGCCGCAUUGGAGGUGCACGGUAUUUCUCACAUGGCCCGGCAGCACCUGCUCAGGUCAUAAACAAUGUAUCAGUGGGUGUGAGAGCCUUUUUCCUCUCUGGUCAAAAGGCUCGUUUUGAUGGCAUUGAUCCUGCCACUGGAAACAAGAAGUACAAGACUGUGAGCGUGCUACAGGAUGAAGCUGAACGUAAAAUGUCUGCUAUCCCCCGCACUGCCCCUGGCUCUUUCAUUGAUUUCCAAAUCUCUCCUACCAUCACCGCCUUUGGCCUUCUGAAGAAAUUUGCACCAGUCGAUGCUUGUGACUCCGAAAGUCUCAACUCUGAGGGUCUCUUGGACCUUCUCUCUGCUGACUUUGCACGCGCUCUCAAAGAUCUGGCUGCUGUAUUGAACGAUCUCAAGCGACUUUCAGCAUUGGGUGACCUCCCAAUAUUGCUUCAUGAUAGGUCAACCAUUAGGGUAAGAUUCCCAGGUUGUGAUGCCGAGACAGUUGAGCGACUUUGCGAUGAAGUUGGCAUCCGAAGAGGGAAGGUCAUGCAGGAUCCAGACUUUGACCUCCGGAUAGGGGCUGAACUUGCACUUCUGUUCCCGUUUGCUCCAAGUGUUGCAACUACUUCCGACACGGAGGAGUUCUUCUUCCGGAAUGAAGUAUCCAAGUCACAGCACCCUGAUGCCGUUGAUUGGCAGGCGAUGAUGUCAUGUGAUAAUGGCACAGAAGCAUCCCCUGAAUUCCAAAUGGAUUCAACCAAUAAGCUUAGUUUCGAGGACAAGUCUCUCUUCGGCUCAAAUCCAUGGGCGAGGUCCCCGUCGGGAUACUCGAGCAUCAAUGUGAGCGAGCUUGGCGAUUGCGCAUUCUUCCCUGACAUAUCCAGUUUCGGUAUACCUGGCAGUACUUCCGAAUACGAGGGAUCUGAAGGUAUACGCAGAUUUAUAGCCGAAUGUGACCAAGCGCCACAAUAUUGUUAG